AUGGUGCACCUGAGCAAAAUCGGCGCAGCCAUCUCAGAACCUAAUUUCUAUGAUCCAGUUCUCAAAUCAACACAGAAGAUCCGCAAUGGAGAACACUUCUUCUUGGGGUCUUUAUAUGAAGAUGAAAAGGAUGUAAAACUACGACCAGAAAUUACUGCCGAGGACAAAGAUGAAGGAAAAUCAGGACUAGUCUGUGGCUAUAAAAUUAUUGGGCCACACUCACAUGUACGUCAUUAUUCCAACAAGUCUCUUGUUAUUAUCCAUGUGGAAGAUAUUGAUGAAUUUGCUCCCAAGUUCAGCCAGGAUACCUAUGAAGUGGAAGUAGAAGAGGGCCAUCUUUUUGAUGCCAUUAUCCAGUUAACAGCUACUGACAAGGACAGGUCAGCCAAGUACAAAGAUAUAAGUGGCUACUUUAUUCUGGACAAUGAUGUUCCGUUUGAAAUUAAUAAACAUGAUAUUCCGCAACGUCUUGAAUAUAUACCCAACUCUGGGCGCCAUAAGAUCUGUGAGAAUGCUCAUCUAGAUUUAUGUGACAAGCCAUACAGUAUUGAAAAAGUCUCUGUCCGCAUGGUCCUCACGACCAAACACAUUGGAAAAGGUUGCGAUAGAGAUACCUAUUCCAUCUCUUCCCAACGUAAACUCUGUGGUGCUAGUGGUGACAGCAUUGACCUUCUCCCCUCACCCAGUGUGGCCUCUUGGACUUCCAGUCUUCCUACUGACGAUGGUAAUGAAAGUGACCAGAUCUUUGCUUUUGACGGCCAGACAAAUGCAGUGGAAGUUCCCGAAGGUCACUUCAAUCACACACUUACUAAUCAUUUUACCAUUUCCACUUGGAUGAAACAUGAGCGUCACCCGAAAAAGGAUAAUAGCGAAGCCCCUUCAAAGUCACACAAAGCCCCAAAAGAACACAUUCUUUGUAUGUCUGAUGGAGACCAUUUGAACCGACAUCAUUAUGGAUUAUUUGUUCAUGGCGAGAAAUUGAUUUUCCUGUUGCGCCGUGAGGCUGAGAAUAGUGAAAAUAUGGAAGCAUUCCGACCAGCAGAAUGGAGAUGGCAUCUGCCGCAGAUUAAUGAUGGAAAAUGGCACCAUUAUGCCAUCAGCGCUGAUUACUCGGAGGUGCACCUCUACAUUGAUGGCAAAGUUGUCGUACCUUCUAGCCAUGACUUAGAAGUUGUUGAUGAUUGGCCUCUUCACCAGUCCAAAAAGGUUUUGUUCACAGAAUUGGUAAUUGGAGCCUGUUGGCAAGCUCGAAAAGAAUUCAUGUUGGACAGUUGCACUGUUGAAGCAGACCCCCCACUUAACCUUCGUGAAGAAGUCCUCUUGACCCCACAUGAUCUUAUCAGACAAUUGCAACUUGAAAGCAGCCUCACUAAUGAGGAACUUCAAAUCAAAAAUUUGGGAAUGGCUGCAAUCAUUGUGAUAUGCGUAGGAUUCCUGCUUUUCAUGAUUAUCUUGGGUGUUAUCAGAAUUCGUGCUGCGCACAAACGCACCCAGGUAGUUGCUGUGGAUGAGAAGCAGGAAAUGGAGUGGGACAACUCAGCUCUCAACAUCACUGUCAACCCUAUGGAUCAACCUUAUGGUGGAUCCGAUAGCGCCAUGCAAGCAUUGCGUAUUGCUGACAAAAUUAUAAUUAAAACCAACUUUCCUUUUUCUUUUUUCCUUUCUUUUUCUUUUUUCCUUUCUUUUUCUUUUUUCUUUUUUCCUUUCUUUUUCUUUUUUCCUUUUUCUUUCUUUCUUUUUUCCAUUUUCUUUCUUUCUUUUUUCCUUUUUCUUUUUUCCUUUUUCUUUCUUUCUUUUUCCUUUUUCUUUUUCUUUCUUUCUUUCUCUUUCUUUCUCUUUCUUUCUUUCUCUUUCUUUCUCUUUCUUUCUCUUUCUUUCUUUCUCUUUCUUUCUUUCUCUUUCUUUCUUUCUCUUUCUUUCUUUCUCUUUCUUUCUUUCUCUUUCUUUCUUUCUCUUUCUUUCUUUCUCUUUCUCUUUCUUUCUCUUUCUCUUUCUUUUCUUUCUCUUUCUUUCUUUCUCUUUCUUUCUUUCUCUUUCUUUCUUUCUCUUUCUUUCUCUUUCUUUCUCUUUCUUUCUUUCUCUCUCUCUCUUUCUUUCUUUCUCUUUCUCUCUCUCUCUUUCUUUCUUUCUCUUUCUCUCUCUCUCUUUCUCUCUUUCUCUCUCUCUCUUUCUCUCUCUCUCUCUUUCUCUCUUUCUCUCUUUCUCUUUCUUUCUCUCUUUCUCUCUUUCUCUUUCUUUCUCUCUUUCUCUUUUUAUUUUUCUUUAUUUUUUCUUCUUUUUUGUCAUCCUUUCUUUUUUCUUCUCUCUCUUUCUUGUUCUUUUCUUCUCUCUCUUUCUUGUUCUUUUCUUCUCUCUCUUUCUUGUUCUUUUCUUCUCUCUCUUUCUUGUUCUUUUCUUCUCUCUCUUUCUUUUUUUUUUCCUCUCUCUUUCUUGUUCUUUUUUUCUCCUCUCUCUUUCUUGUUCUUUUUUUUUCUUCUCUCUUUCUUGUUUUUUUUUUCUCCUCUCUCUUUCUUGUUCUUUUUUUCUCCUCUCUCUUUCUUGUUCUUUUUUUCUCCUCUCUCUUUCUUGUUCUUUUUUUCUCCUCUCUCUUUCUUGUUCUUUUUUUCCUCUCUCUUUCUUGUUCUUUUUUUUCUCCUCUCUCUUUCUUGUUCUUUUUUUUCUCCUCUCUCUUUCUUGUUCUGUUUUUUUCUUCUCUCUCUCUCUGUUUUUUUCUUCUUCUUUUUUUUGUUUUUUUUUCUCUCUCUCUUUCUUGUUCUUUUUUUUCUCCUCUCUCUUUCUUGUUCUUUUUUUUCUCCUCUCUCUUUCUUGUUCUGUUUUUUUCUUCUCUCUCUCUUUCUUGUUCUGUUUUUUUCUUCUCUCUCUCUUUCUUGUUCUGUUUUUUUCUUCUCUCUCUCUUUCUUGUUCUGUUUUUUUCUUCUCUCUCUCUUUCUUGUUCUGUUUUUUUCUUCUCUCUCUCUUUCUUGUUCUGUUUUUUCUUCUCUCUCUCGUUCUUUUUUCUCUUUUUCACUCUCAUUAUUGUUUUCUCUCUUUUUCUCUACCCUCUCCUUCUUUUUCUUCCGCUUUUAUUUCUUUAUUCCUUACUUACUUUCAACCCGCAGAGGGCCGAUAAGCCAUAAAAACCCUAUCAAUCCUUAUUUUCUUUUCAUUCUCCAUUUUUCUCCUCAAUUUGUGUAA